AUGCCCUCGCCUGGUCCCCUGCAUACAGGGUCCGGUCAUCUCGGUGCAUCGCAUCAGUCUGCGACUGCAUCGGCCGCUGCUGCCGCUGCAGCAGCGGCGGCAGCCAAUGCGUCCCCACACUGGCAGCAGCAGCUCUUGAAGGCAGAGAUCUCGAGGCAAUCGGCUUCACCGCAUCACCAUGCAAGGGCAGCCGCCUUGGCAGCUCGUAGUGCCACGAGCGCCGCUGUGGCUAUUCAAGAUCCCAACAAGGGCAUGCACAUUCCUGUGACGGCUGCCAAUGGCCUUAGUCUGCACAACGCGCGCAAGGAUGCGUCGCACGACGAUUCUUCGUCUUCGGGACUUGGAUCAGCAGCCAAUGGCGAAGCUUCAUCAAGUGCACGGCAGAACAACGAUGCCGAGAGCAAGGAAGGGCAUCAGUCAUGGACGACGAUCGACAUGGGCGGGUUGGGUCUCAAGAAUCUGGCAAACGAAUUGUUUCGGUACGACUUCCUGACAUCGCUCUUUGUCAACCAUAACAACCUCACGACGCUAUCUCCCGAGAUCUCGCGGCUCAAGAACCUCGUCAUUCUGGAUGCAUCUAGCAACAAGCUCACUUCGCUUCCUCCGGAAUUGGGCAUCUUGACGAGUCUCAAGGAGCUCUUCCUCUUCGACAAUGUCAUCGUCACGCUCCCUCCCGAGCUGGGAUCCUUGCACAACCUGGACACGCUAGGAAUUGAGGGCAACCCACUCGCCGAUAACCUGCUUCAUUUGGCGCAAAGCGAGGGGACAUCGGCGCUCAUCGCCUUCCUCAGAGACUCGUGUCCCGUGCCUUUGCCACCGCCGGAGCGUGAGUGGAUCACCAUCGAGCCCGACUUGCCCCCGCCGAGGGACAACGAUGACGAGGAACCGGAUCCGCCGCCUGAGUCGUUCAACGUCCUUUGCUACAACAUUCUUUGCGAAAAGUAUGCGACGCAACAGCUCUACGGCUACACGCCGUCCUGGGCCCUCGCUUGGGACUACCGCAAGGACUUCAUCCUUCAGGAGGUCAUGAGCUAUGGUGCCGAUAUCGUCUGCCUGCAGGAAGUGGACUCAGAGCAGUACGAAGACUAUUUCCUGCACCACCUCUCUCAGCAGGACUACGACGGCAUUUAUUGGCCAAAGUCGAGGGCACGAACGAUGCGUGAUGAGGAGAAGCGGAGAGUGGAUGGCUGUGCCACGUUUUUCAAGUCGAACAAGUUUGCUCUCAUCGAGAAGCAGCUCAUCGAGUUCAACCAAAUUGCGCUCCAGAGGCCCGACUUCAGAAAGACGGAGGACAUGUUCAAUCGUGUCAUGACAAAGGACAACAUUGCCAUCGUGGCCCUCUUGGAGAAUCGUGACAGCGGAAGCCGCUUCAUCGUGGCCAAUGUGCACAAUUAUUGGGACCACGAGUUCCGAGACGUCAAGCUGGUGCAAGUGGCAAUGCUGAUGGACGAGCUGGAGAAGAUCGGGCAGCGCUUCGCCAAAUUCCCGGCUAAGCUCGACGUAAAGGAUGGCUACCCACCCGCGCCAAAGUACAGCGACGGUACGAAGAUUCCGACGUUGAUCUGCGGCGACUUCAACAGCGUCCCCAAGAGUGGCGUCUACGAUUUCCUUGACAAGGGCGUCAUCGCGGGUGACCACGAGGACUUCAUGAAGCACAUUUACGGAGACUACACCGCCCACGGUCUCCAGCACAAGCUCGCCCUCAAGAGCGCGUACCAUGACAUCGGCGAGCUGCCCUUCACCAACUAUACGCCCAACUUCGUGGGCAGCAUCGACUACAUUUGGUACAACUCGAAUGCCCUCGCGGUCACCGGUCUUCUUGGCGAGGUCGAUCGUUCCUAUCUGAACAAGGUUGUUGGCUUCCCCAACGCGCACUUUCCUUCGGACCAUAUAUGCAUCCUCAGCGAGUUCCGGGUCAAGUAUCCCAGAGACACGUCUCGGCCAAAAGUAGGCUUUGGCGGACCAGUCAAUGGGCGAGAUCGGGAUCGAAACCAGGAUCGGGAUCGAGACCGCGAUCGUGGAAAGGAUAUGAAGUGA